CUUACAACCAUUAAAUCACGACGAGGAAAAACAAUAUUUUCUACGAACUUCAGAACUUUCAUCUCUCUUAAUUAUUUUUCUCAAAUUUCUCAAAACAUCUCAUUUUCUUUUCAACCAGUCAAUCAUGGGUAGUGAUCAUCAUCAUCGAAAGCUCCAUGUUAUGUUCUUCCCUUUCAUGGCUUAUGGCCACAUGAUACCAACUUUAGACAUGGCUAAGCUUUUCUCUAGCAGAGGAGCCAAAUCCACAAUCCUCACCACACCUCUCAACUCCAAGAUCCUCCAAAAACCCAUCGACACAUUCAAGAACCUGAAUCCGGGUCUCGAAAUCGACAUCCAGAUCUUCGAUUUCCCUUGCUUACAGCUCGGGUUACCAGAAGGAUGCGAAAACGUAGAUUUCUUCACUUCAAACAACAAUGAUGACAGAAACGAGAUGAUCGUGAAAUUCUUUUUUUCGACAAGGUUUUUCAAAGGCCAGCUUGAGAAACUCCUGGAGACAACGAGACCAGACUGUCUUAUCGCCGACAUGUUCUUCCCCUGGGCUACUGAAGCUGCUGGGAAGUUCAAUGUGCCAAGACUUGUGUUCCACGGCACUGGCUACUUCUCUUUAUGCGCUGGUUAUUGCAUCGGAGUGCAUAAACCACAGAAGAGAGUGGCUUCAAGCUGUGAGCCAUUUGUGAUUCCCGAGCUCCCUGGGAACAUAGUGAUAACUGAAGAACAGAUCAUAGAUGGCGAUGGAGAAUCUGACAUGGGAAAGUUUAUGACUCAAGUUAGGGAAUCAGAAGUGAACAGCUCAGGAGUUGUUGUGAAUAGUUUCUACGAGCUAGAACAUGAUUACGCCGAUUUUUACAAAAGUUUUGUACAAAAGAGAGCGUGGCAUAUCGGUCCUCUCUCGGUUUACAACAGAGGAUUUGAGGAGAAGGCUGAGAGAGGAAAGAAAGCGAACAUUGAUGAGGCUGAAUGCCUCAAAUGGCUCGAAUCCAAGAUACCAGAUUCAGUCAUUUAUGUUUCCUUUGGGAGCGUGGCUUUCUUCAACAAUGAGCAGUUAUUCGAGAUCGCUGCAGGGUUAGAAGCUUCCGGCACAAGUUUCAUCUGGGUUGUUAGGAAAGCAGCAGAUGAUAAAGAAGAAUGGUUACCAAAAGGGUUCGAAGAGAGGGUGAAAGGGAAAGGGAUGAUAAUAAGAGGAUGGGCUCCUCAAGUUCUGAUACUUGACCACCAGGCAACCGGUGGGUUCGUGACCCAUUGCGGCUGGAACUCGCUUCUUGAAGGAGUGGCUGCAGGGCUACCGAUGGUGACAUGGCCGGUUGGAGCGGAGCAAUUCUACAAUGAGAAAUUGGUUACACAAGUGCUUAAUACAGGAGUGAGCGUGGGAGCGAAAAGGCAUGUGAAGGUUAUGAUGGGAGAUUUCAUUAGCAGAGAAAAAGUGGAUAAAGCGGUGAGGGAGGUUUUGGCUGGGGAAGUAGCGGAGGAGAGGCGGAGACGGGCAAAGAAGCUGGCCGCCAUGGCUAAAGCUGCCGUGGAAGACGGAGGGUCUUCCUUCAACGAUCUAAACAGAUUCAUGGAAGAGUUUAGUUCAUAAUCUUCAUAUAGAUUCUGUUUAGGAAUUCUAUAGCAGAAGUAAUAUGACACCUAAUGUAAAAUAUAAAAGAUAUGAGUUAAU